GAGGGAGGGAUAAGAAAGGAGAGAGGAGGGAGACAGAUCAGAGAGGAAGAGGACAGAGGAAGGACUGAGAUUUAAAGAAAAGAGUGAAGAGACAGGACACAAUCUAGAGAGGAAGAGGAUGCUGCUGCAGCUUCUGAGGAGUUUGGACUCGGACAUGACAGAGAUGCAGCAUCCAAGAGUGUGAGCAGCUUCCAGUCUCUGUGUGUGUGUGUGUUGGUGUGUGUGAAGCCAUGGCGAGUGCUCAGCCGGGGGUCCAUGCUCUGAAACUCCAGCCUCCCUCCGUCUCCGCCACGCUGAGGAACGGGAGCAACUUCAUAAAAUGGGACGAGGAUCUGUCCACUGUGCAUCCAGUGACGCUUCACGUGGAUCCUCAUGGAUUUUAUCUCUACUGGACAGACCAAAAUAAGGAGACGGAGCUGUUGGACCUAACCUUUGUUAAAGAUGUCAGAACAGGGAGGAGCACCAAAACACCAAAGGAGGCCAAGCUGCGGGAGCUGCUGGAUAUCGGCAAUCUGGUUGGCCGACUGGAGAACCGCAUGGUCACCGUGGUUACAGCCUCAGACCUGGUGAACGUCAACCAGCUGAACUUCAUCGCCUCACAGGAGGACGAGGCAAAGGUGUGGUGUGAGGAACUGUUUUCUCUGUCUUCCAAUCUGCUGAGCCACAAUCUCAACAGGGACCACAGUCUGUUGAAAGCGUUCGUCAGGUUGACUCUCCAGCCGAACGCAGAGGGGAGGAUUCCCGUGAAGAACAUUGUUCGCCUGUUUUCUUCAGACAGAAAGAGAGUAGAGAACUCUCUGGAGAACUGCAAGCUGCCCUACGGACGGGGGGACAGCAUCAAACUGGAGGACUUCACGCCGGAAAUCUACAGGAGCUUUUUGGAGAGCCUGUGUCCUCGUCCUGAGCUCAGCAGCAUCUUCAAACUGCAAGGGUGGGGUGACAGGACGCUGACUCUGGAUCAGAUGACCGACUUCAUCAACAACAAACAGAGAGACCCCCGCCUCAAUGAGAUCCUCUACCCCCCCCUCCGGCCUGCACAGACUCACUCUGUGAUGGAGAGACACCAGCAGGACCAGGACCAGCUGAAGAAAGGCGUGAUCUCCCUGCAGGCCCUCUCCAGUUAUCUCUCCAGCGAUGAGAACGGGAUCAUCCCUCCGGAGAAACUGGAUCAGUCUGAAGACAUGAGCUUCCCCCUGUCACACUACAUCAUCAACUCCUCACACAACACAUACCUGACAGCGGGUCAGCUGGCCGGCAGCUCCUCGGUGGAGAUGUACAGGCAGGUUCUGCUGGCCGGGUGCCGCUGCGUGGAGUUAGACGUCUGGAAAGGACGGACGGCGGAGGAGGAACCGGUCAUCACACACGGCUUCACCAUGACCUCGGAGAUACCCUUCAAGGAAGUGCUUGAAGCGAUUGCAGAGUGUGCCUUCAAGACCUCACCUUUCCCCGUCAUUCUCUCCUUUGAAAACCACGUGGACUCUUCGAAGCAGCAGGCUAAAAUGGCUGAAUACUGUCAAUCUAUUUUCGGGGAUGCGCUGCUGAUCGACCCUCUGGACAAAUACCCUCUGGAGGCAGGCGUCCCUCUGCCCAGUCCUCAGGAACUGAUGGGAAAAAUUCUCGUCAAAAACAAGAAAUCCCACAAACCCUCGGCUAACACGGACACCAAACGACUGACGGACCUUGCAGCCAAUCUGAGCCACGAAUCAGCGUCUCCUAGCAACAACACGGGAGAGAUGGAGGCUGAGAGUGAGGAAGAGGAUGAUGAUGAAGAUGAUGAUGGUAAAAAGGGCUCAGCAGAGCGCGAGGCCGUGGCCACCGAGGAGAUGUCCACGCUGGUGAACUACGUCCAGCCAACCAAGUUCAACUCCUUCGAAGCUUCAAAGAAGGCAGCUCGUUGUCACCACAUGUCGUCCUUCGUGGAGACCAAAGCUCUGGAGCAUCUCACAAAGACACCGGUGGAGUUUGUGGAAUAUAAUAAAUCCCAGUUGAGUCGUAUCUACCCAAAAGGAACCAGAGUGGAUUCCUCUAACUUCAUGCCGCAGCUUUUCUGGAACGCCGGCUGUCAACUCGUGGCUCUCAACUACCAGACUAUAGAUUUGUCCAUGCAGCUGAAUCUCUUCAUGUUUGAGUAUAAUGGUCGCAGCGGCUACAGACUUAAGCCGGAGUUCAUGAGACGACCGGACAAACACUUCGACCCUUUUGCAGAAAACACGGUGGACGGCAUCGUGGCUAACACCCUCUCUGUGAAGGUAAUUUCAGGACAGUUUCUCACUGAGAAGCGUGUGGGUGUGUAUGUGGAGGCGGACAUGUUCGGACUUCCUGCAGACACCAGGAGGAAAGCCCUGAAAACUAAAACCUCUCAGAACAACAACGCCGUCAACCCGGUGUGGGACGAGGAGCCCAUCGUCUUCAAAAAGGUGAUUCUUCCCACUCUGGCCUCGCUGAGGAUCGCUGCUUUUGAGGAAGGAGGAAAGUUUAUCGGUCAUCGGAUUAUUCCAGUGUCUGCCAUUAGACCAGGUUAUCGUUACAUCAGCUUGAGGAACGAAAAGAAUCAGUCUCUGGUUCUGCCGGCUGUGUUUGUCUACAUCGAGGUCAAAGACUACGUCCCAGACACCUUUGCAGAUGUGAUCGAGGCUCUGUCCAACCCGAUCCGGUACGUGAACCUUCUGGAGCAGCGGUCCAAACAGCUGGCCGCGCUGACACUGGAGGAUGGAGAGGAGGACGCACACACCGAGGAUGAGGCAGAUACCUGUGCAGAGCGUAAGGCUGAUCUGAAACCAGCUCCUCAGGAGAACGGGUUAAGCCCCACCCCCGGCCAUGCAGGCCACACCCCCAUCUCCACCACACCCAAAGCCGCCGCAGCCAAUCAGCAAGCAGCUACGACAGAAGCAGCCAAACCAGCAGCAAAGAGUGAAGAUCUGGUUUUAAGUGUUUUGAUAGAUGUGCCGGUGUGCUCCAUGGAGGCUCUGCAGCAGUCGAAGGUUUACCAGAAGGAGCAGCGGCGGCAGUUCAAGGAGCUGAAGGAGCUGGUGAGGAGGCACCAGAAGAAAACCUCCGAACUGCUCCGAGAAAUCAAUAACAAGUUCAAGAAGACGGUCCGGCAGUGCAGCAAGAGCAGGGGUUCGGAGGUGGAGAAGGACGAGCGUCUGCAGCAGCUCAGAGACGAGCAGCAGCAGCAGCUCCUGACUCUGAGGCAGGAGCAGUACUACAGCCAGAAGUACCUGCAGAGAGAACACAUCAAAAUGCUGACGGAGAGGCUGAGCAGUCUGGCUGAGGAGAGUCACAACACGCAGAUGAAGAAACUCAAAGACAUCUGCGACAAGGAGAAAAAAGAGUUGAAGAGACAGAUGGAUCGAAGGAGAACAGAGAAGAUCAACCAAGCGAAGACCAAAGAGAAACAUCUGGCAGAAGAGGAGAAGACUGAGAUCAAUAAGUCCUACGUCAAUGAAGUCGUCCAGAACAUAAAACGGCUGGAGGAGACUCAGACGAAGCGCCACGAUCAGCUGGUGGAGCAGCACACCGAGCUCCUGCAGGAGAUACAGGACCUGAAACCAAAGCUGCAGGGCUCGGUGGAGGCUGAGUUCCAGGAGAAGUUUCAGUGUUUGCCCGGAGAGAUCGAGGACUUCCUGCAGGACAGGAAGUCGGAGGUCCGGAGUCACAGCAAGUCCCGCCCCUCCACUCCUCACGAGGGUCUGUCGGAGGAUGACUGAGGAGGGGAAGAAGUACAAAAGGAUGGAAACACCAGGAAGUGAGAGGGGAAGACUGUAACUUUACUUUCUAAUGGAAGAACGCUUUAGUGAUUUAUUUUCUACUUCCAUUCGAGCAUGCACUUUCAGCGUUUAUCAGAACUUCUUUAGGUUUCUUUUGUUAUUUUGAUGGACAAUCUUACAACCCAACUGUUUGGGCUGCAUGACAUCUAUCUAUCUAUCUAUCUAUCUAUCUAUCUAUCUAUCUAUCUAUCUAUCUAUCUAUCUAUCUAUCUAUCUAUCUAUCUAUCUAUCUAUCUAUCUAUCUAUCUAUCUAUCUAUCUAUCUAUCUAUCUAUCUAUCUAUCUAUCUAUCUAUCUAUCUAUCUAUCUAUCUACCUAGAGAAGAGAUUGAAACACACCCACCACUUCUUUCUUGUUUACUAUUUUAAAACAAUAACCUACAAUAUUAAAUAAAGUAAUUUGCUAUCACACACACACACCACACACACACACACACACAC